CUGUUGAGGGAGCAUACCGGAAGUCAGGGCGGUGAGCGGGACCCGCGGUGGUUUUACAUGACAUGGGAGCCUUCAUAAGGAAUCGAAGACCCAAAGAAACAGACCUGAGUACUGAACGCUAGGUUCGAUGACGAGCAGAGGAGCAUGGUAGUAUAAGGAGUUCAGAGAGAAUCCCUAGAAGAAGAUGACUGUGUUCUUCAAAACACUUCGAAAUCAUUGGAAGAAAACUACAGCUGGAAUCUGCCUGCUGACAUGGGGAGGCCAUUGGCUCUAUGGAAAACACUGUGAUAACCUGCUAAGGAGAGCAGCCUGUCAGGAAGCCCAGGUGUUUGGCAAUCAGCUCAUCCCUCCCAAUGCGCACGUGAAGAAGGCAACGGUCUUCCUCAACCCCGCAGCGUGCAAAGGCAAAGCAAGGACUCUGUUUGAAAAAAAUGCUGCCCCAAUUUUGCAUUUGUCUGGCAUGGAUGUGACUAUCGUUAAGACAGAUUAUGAGGGCCAAGCGAAGAAACUCCUAGAACUGAUGGACAGCACAGAUGUCAUCAUCGUUGCUGGAGGAGAUGGGACAUUGCAGGAGGUUAUUACUGGAGUUCUUCGAAGAGCAGAUGAGGCGACCUUCAGUAAGAUUCCCAUCGGAUUUAUCCCUCUGGGACAGACCAGUAGUUUGAGUCAUACCCUCUUUGCCGAAAGUGGAAACAAAGUCCAACAUAUUACAGAUGCUACACUUGCCAUUGUGAAAGGGGAGACAGUUCCACUUGAUGUCUUGCAGAUCAAGGGUGAAAAGGAACAACCUGUGUUUGCAAUGACUGGCCUUCGAUGGGGAUCCUUCAGAGAUGCUGGCGUCAGAGUUAGCAAGUACUGGUAUCUUGGGCCUCUAAAAACCAAAGCAGCUCACUUUUUCAGCACUCUUAAGGAGUGGCCUCAGAUUCAUCGAGCCUCUGUCUCAUACACGGGACCUACAGAGAGACCUCCCAGCGCAGCAGAAGAAACCCCCCCACGGCCCUCCCUGUACAGGAGAGUGUUACGGAGGCUCGCGUCCUACUGGGCGCAGCCGCAGGACGCCCCUUCCAAGGAGGUGAGCCCGGCGGUCUGGAGAGACAUGCAGCUGUCCACCAUCGAACUGUCCAUCACCACGCGGAACAGACAGCUUGACCUGACGAGCACAGAAGACUUUAUGAACAUCUGCAUUGAACCCGCCACUGUCAGCAAAGGAGACUUCAUAAUUAUAGGAAGUAAAAAGGUGCACGACCCCGAGCUGCACGCCGAGGGCACCGAGUGUCUCCAGGCCAGCCAGUGCGCUCUGCUGCUCCCUGAGGGCGUAGGGGGCUCCUUCAGCAUCGACAGCGAGGAGUACGAGGCGAUGCCCGUGGAGGUGACGCUGCUCCCCAGGAAGCUGCAGUUCUUCUGUGAUCCUAGGAAGAGAGAGACGCUGCAGAGCACGGCCCAGUGAGCGGGCGGCGGCGGGAGACGAGCGCUCACACUGCACUUUAGACCCCCCCAUGGGACCAAGAGGGAACAAACGCCUCACCUGUCCCCAGUGUUGACAGACCACCCCAGGGGCCUUGUCAUGGCAAGUAGCUCUGCUCUUCCCAAGCUGUGCUCCGUGCCACCCGCCUCGCAGCUUUCCAUGAGCACAUGCUUUGCCCUGUAGGAGUCGAUGCUGCCCACAUCCUGAGUUUCCUCGGGCUAGCUCAAGGAAAUCCUCAUACCCAAUGGAGGGAAAAGGGCUAGACCUUGCGAUCGCCCCAAAAACGCAACCACGGUGGCCGUCCUAGGACCUCCAGGGAAGUGCCCGCCUUCUGCGCCACCUCGUCCCCACGGGUGCUGCUCCUCCCUGAGUUCUGAUUCGGCUCAUUUCAGUUCUGUCAAUCCAAAACAUACGUGAGAUGUUCCCCCCGUCAGCCAUGGCUGAGGUCCUGUAACAUACUAGUAUUUCUUUUUUUAAGGGAGCUCUCCUUAAGUGUUGGUUUGCUUGAGAACCGUCUGGGCUGCAUAUUGAAAACUGAGUUACUGGGGGCCCAGCCUAACUCUCUCAAUCCAGGAUGGAGCCCAGGAAUGUGCAUUCCUUCAAAGGGCCACCCUGCAGAGGUGACUCUAGCACACAAGGGCCCCAGCCUUACCUGGACAGCGUGUAAAGCAGUGGUCCACCCACCAUGCCGCUCGUGCACUUCCUGAGUAUUGUGAAAAACCACGUUUACCCUCACACUUUGAAGUUGACAUCUGGAAUUUUUCAUGGGAAGUUGCCAAUGUAUGUACUUUCUGCUGUCCUGCAAAUGUUGAUAUUUAUUAACUUCACUCUUUUAAACAUGAUAUUCAGUGUAAUUUAAAUACAUACGAUUUGACAUCCAUUUACAAAAAUAAAUAAGUUCUUUAGCAGUUGAAAAUUUUAAAUUGAUUUUUCUCCUUGUAUGUAUAUUUCUAUACCACUUUCAGCAAAGAAUGCUGUCAUAACGUAAUCUAUUUUUAUGCUUGAAAUGUUUUUAGUUAAGUGUUAACUCAGUACUGAAUAAAUGUUAUAAUCGAUAUGUUUGAAAAUUAAAAAGUAAAGAAUUUUAUUAGAAUGUUCUUUAUCCUAAUUAGCUCAUUUAUCUGAGAACACAAAUGUUAUUUGGAGCUAAGAUGAGAUAGGGCUCAAUAUCAGUUAUAGUCCUUGUUCCAUUCUUUAUAGAUAUAAGCAUAUAAAUAACUAGAUGAGAAAGAA